AUGCAGAUUCAGAAGCUUAUCACCGCCCUAGUGGGCCUGGCCGUGGUCGCCGAGGCCUCCGUCACCUUUCUCGACUCCUCGCCUCUGAGCGCCGCCCUCGCUAAGCGUCAACAGCGUGCUGGCAACCGUGCAACCGCAAAAACUGGCGGAAACGCAAGCAACGGAAAUGCGAACAAUGGUCAGAACGGAGCCCUGUGCUUGCAGGCGAACGCGGUGCAGAAGGGUUCGCAGCAGCCCGGAAAGCCCAGCGCGCAACAGGCCAACUCGAAAACCGACAAUGCCAACUUCAUCAAUGUCUGCUCCGGCUCUACCCUCACCGAUGGUGAACAGAAGACUGGAGGUUCCUGCAAUGGUAUCCCAAUGGGCAAGAUCCCCGCCCAGACCAAGAUGGUCUCUACGGUUAUCACCAACCCCCCUCACAACGGCAACAUCCAGGCCAACAAGGACUUCGACGUUCAGCUCAAUAUCCAAAACCUGCAAGCGGGCUCCUUCACUGAUGCUCAGUCCACCUAUUACUCCGCUCCCCAGGACCUCAGCGCUGAAGGUAUCAUUGUUGGUCACGUUCACGUCACCAUUCAGGAUAUGGGCAACACCCUGACGCCCAGCUCGCCUUUGGAUCCGACGAAGUUUGCCUUUUUCAAGGGUAUCAAUGAUAACGGCAAUGGCAAAGGCACCCUGAAGGCCACUGUCACCGGAGGUCUCCCCGCUGGAGUCUACCGCCUCUGCACCAUGUCUAGCGCCUCGAACCACCAGCCCGUCCUGAUGCCCGUCGCUCAGCGUGGUGGCCAGGAUGACUGCAACAAAUUCACCGUUACUGCCAACGGCGGUGCCAACGGUGGCGGUGGCGCUAACAACGCCAACAAUGGUGGUAAUGCCGCCAACAAAGGGGGCAACAACGGAGGCCAGCAGAACAACAAUGCGGGCGCUGCCCAGGGAAAUAAGCAGAACGGCAGCAAAAAAGGUGCCGGCGCUGGUCAAGGUAAUGCUCAAGCAACACCUCAGAACACCCCUCAAGGAUUUCCGAACACCCAGUUCCCUGGCCAAUUUCCCCAAUUCCCUGGAAGCGCACCCCCCGGACAGACCACAUCACAAUCCCAGACCGGAAGUGCGCAGGGAACUCCCAAUGCUAACAGCUCCGGUCAGGAAGGGGACGCCGCCAGUAAUUCGAAGAACGAGACGGCGACUCCCGCAGUAGACCCGGCGGCAGCGACAACAACCCAAGGUGGCGGCGCUUCCAAGAACGGCAACACCAAUGGAUCCGGACAGAACGGCAAUGGGAACUCUUCUGGAUCUGGCAAGGGAGGCGCGACGUCCAACGCUAUCGGCGGAAUCGCGGCCCCGGCGGUCUCGGACUCUGGCGAUAGCAGCCGACCAUUCUCUGUCAACGGGAACUCGUUCGUUUCAAAGGCCAAUGCGGCGCAGCGUGCUUGCGAUGUUCAACGGAAUGCCUGUUUCAAUGCUUUCAAUGGUGGCAAGUUGAACGGGGCUACCACGGCCGACUGUGAUGCCCAGGUGCAGACCUGCAUCCAGGAGCUCUCUUAA